AUGAAGAUUUCAGUUCAAGAACAAGUAAUUGGGAUUCCAAGUAGGCUUCUACUUGACAAUAGGGCUACCCAAACCUAUGCUCCAACUCCGGCAAAUAAGUCUCUUACUGUCAAACAAGAUAAUAUAGAUUCAGUGCUGAAAAGGAUAAAUAAGCUAGGCAGAAAAGCUGACAAAUUUGCACAUGGAAUCCGCGAGCAUGUGAAACUGGGAGCCAAAAUUACUGAAACUCUCAUGGGGAAAUUGAGCUUGGGGGCAAAAAUUCUUCAAGUGGGAGGAGUCAAGAAAAUUUUCAGGCAGUUUUUUACUGUCCGAGAAGGAGAAAGAUUGUUGAAGGCCUGUCAGUGUUAUCUGUCAACAACAGCCGGUCCUAUUGCAGGACUUCUAUUUAUCUCCAGCGAAAAGAUUGCUUUCUGUAGUGAGAGAUCUAUUAAAUUGUCUUCUCCGGAAGGACAAAUGGUCAGGAUCCAUUACAAGGCUGUGAUCCCAUUGAACAAGAUAAAGACCGCAAACCAAAGUGAAAAUGUGAAGAAGCCAUCACAAAAGUUCAUAGAAAUAGUGACAGUUGAUGAUUUUGAAUUCUGGUUUAUGGGUUUCUUAAACAAUCAGAAAGCUUUCAAGUGUCUUCAGCAAGCAGUAUCUCAAGCUUGGAUGUCUACAGCUGAAACUCACCAGAAUUAGUUUUUUAAUCAGACAGCAAGUAAAUAGUCAAUCAGUUUAGUUGACCUCAACAAUUGUACAGAAUUGAAGUGUUUAUUAAUGAGAGUUGUUUCUCUAUCUUCUCAAUUUC